AUGCCUCCGGAUCGCUCAUCAUUUACAGCUUUGAAUCUGCCUGCAGAUUUCACGCUUCCACAAUGCAUGGAAUACUUCACCCUGACCGCGGGACCGAAUACCGAUCUCUGGCGGAAACCGCUGAACGGCGAUACCUCGACAGCUCCUAUUGUCUUCACCUCAUUACGCAGUUCCUUCCUAGUCGCCGAAGUGACCGUAACUGCGGACUUUGAGAUGGAAUGGGAUCAGGGUGGACUGGUCAUUUUCGCCGGGGCUGCUCCCCAGUCGGAUUCUCCAAACAACGUGCCCUUAUCACGGUCCAAUCGAUUCGGUGGGAACCCGCAGAACACCGCGCAGCCAUCUAGUAAGUGGGUCAAGGCUGGUAUGGAAUUCAGCUCCGGAACAGUCAACUUCUCGUCAGUUAGUGCCACGGCUGAUGGGGCCGACUGGUGUGGCUCAGAAAUCCUAGUACCGGAUCAUCGUCCGUCAUCAGCCAUCCAUUCCCUCCGCAUUAAGCUAGAACGAAUGGGCCAUGCACUAUGGGUCUCGUACCAAAUACCGACAAUGUCUCCAUAUGCAGCCAGGCCGGGGGACGUGGGGAGCACUUGGAAGAAGGUGCGAGAAGUCACCUGGUUCUUCUACGGGGUAGACGACAAAUUCAUCCACGUGGGAGUCUAUGCGAGUCGACCGGCGAAUAUCCCGCGCAACGGCACCGUUUAUGACAUGGUUCAUCGAUCACGGUUGAACUCUAAUCCACCCGGGGUCGGGGAUAGUUUGGUGGUAGAGUUCGAAGAUCUGGAGAUCUUGUGA